AUGGGGGCGCUGCUGGCGCUCUGCCUCCUCUUGGGCUGGCUGCGCGGGGGUCCGGCGGACGCCCAGCAGUCCGGAGAGUACUGCCACGGCUGGGUGGACGUGCAGGGCAACUACCACGAGGGCUUCCAGUGCCCGGAGGACUUCGACACGCUGGACGCCACCAUCUGCUGCGGCUCAUGCGCGCUGCGCUACUGCUGCGCCGCGGCCGACGCCAGGCUGGAGCAGGGCGGCUGCACCAAUGACCGCGGCGAGCUGGAGCACCCUGGCAUCACGGCGCAGCCUGUCUACGUUCCCUUCCUGAUCGUUGGCUCCAUCUUCAUUGCCUUCAUCAUUCUGGGCUCUUUAGUGGCUAUUUAUUGCUGCACCUGCUUGAGACCCAAGGAGCCCUCGCAGCAGCCAAUCCGCUUCUCGCUCCGCACCUAUCAGACGGAGACCCUGCCCAUGAUCCUGACCUCCACGAACCUCAGGGCACCUUCCAGGCAGUCCAGCACGGCCACCAGCUCCAGCUCCACAGGGGGCUCUAUCCGAAGGUUCUCCUUUGCCAGGGCAGAGCCAGGCUGCCUGGUGCCCUCACCACCCCCGCCUUAUACAACAGGCCACCCAAUCCACCUGGCCCAACCGUCCGGUUUCCUGGUGUCACCCCAGUACUUUGCUUACCCACUCCAGCAGGAGCCACCACUGCCUGGGAAGAGCUGUCCAGACUUCAGUUCCAGUUGA